CGUUCUGCUUGCUUCGUAGUGCAGCUCGAAGUAGUUCCAUUUCGAUGCCUCGUACUUGUUGGCUGCCCUCUGGUUGACCGCAUAUCUCUCAAUAUCCUUGCACAGGAGUCCAAAACACCAGCGCGAAAACUCCUUGAGGCUUUUUGGAUCAAUGCCAAAAGCCCUACAAUGAAUAGCAGGGACGAAUGCCCGGAGAUCAUACGCGACCUGAUCUCGUACUUACAGGUGUUUGUCACAAGUCAUCGCUUUGAUCAGUCAUUACGCUUACUACCUCAUGGCCAACUUCUGGACGAAGAAAGUGAAUCGCAGUGCAUGCGACAUAUCAUUGCACCUCCACCCGGUUUGAAGCGAUCUGAUCUCAUACGGCGUUUCAAUGCCAACAUUCCAUAUACAGGACUGACAUACACUAUAUCCCAAGAAGGUUUUUUCGCUGAGAAUAAAGGAAAAGUUAUCGUUGGUGCAUUAGAGGCAGUACUAGGAGAAUGUUACGAAAAGAUAAGAAUUUGGUUUUUUCUUUUUAAGAAAUUUAGGUUUAUACUAUCAUUUAGUGUUCGUGAGAAGUUAGGGAAUUUGGUGGUUCGAGUUCUUUCUUACAAGAGUGAGGCUAUCGACUAUGCAACUGUAGAGGCAUUAUGUGCUCUAAUGCAUCCGAUGCAUAACCAUUACGAACUCCGAACAGAGCAGUUGAACAAGCAGAGUUUGCUCAGUAGCGUGAAAUUUGUCGAACACCUACUAGACCUUAUCGUACAUCACGUGGAACGUGGUACAGGCUGGCUUGUAAUAGCUGCAAUGCUUGAUUUCUUAACGUAUGCUGUUUGCGCACCCUACAGUGAAACGACUAGCGGCGAACAAUUCGAUCAGAUAAUACGGUUGGUUGCCGCACGAGGACAAAGCUUCUAUCGUCUUUUUCAGUGCCCUAGCAUGACAAUUGUUAAGGGUGCUGGAAUGGUGAUGCGUGCUAUCAUUGAAGAAUCUGAUAUAGAGACGUCAAAAGCGAUGCAAAUGUUAGCGCUUACAGAAGGCGCAUUUCUAACACAUUUACGAUUGGCACUGUUAACUACAGGAAAAGAUCUUGAGGUUCUUACAAAUAAGCAGCUAAGUGGGCACCUAAUCGGACUUUGGCUCGCUGAUAAUCGUCCAGCAACUGAUCUUUUAAACCGAUGCCUACCCCGUGGACUACUGGACUUCCUUGAUUCAAGCGCCACCGUACCUGUAAGUGAAGCGAAUUUACUAAUUCCAAGAAAUAACCUGGAAGCGGCAGCUAACGAGCAACGGCAAAGUGCACUCCAAGAGAAAAUUGAAAGUUUUAGGGUAAUGGCAGAAGCUAGCCUUGAAAGGUUUAUUCAGCACUGGAAUCUUGAGCAGAAACUCAAUUUUUUACCUCGUAAACAAGAUUGUUUCAAGGACAGGCAGCGGCAACGACCUCUUACACUCCGGAAAAGAAGGCAGCGUAUCAGAAACUCUGUGAAUUGGAGACUUUUUGCUUAUCAGUUCGCACGAGAUCACUCACAGGCAGAUCUACUGUGGAACGAAAAAACGAGAGAAGAGUUUAGGCUUUCAAUAGAAAAUGAGCUACGAGCACUUUUGAAUGAGAGGGAGCAAGCUCCUGCAGAUAUGCCUAUUUCUUGGAAUUAUACAGAAUUUCAGACGCGCUAUGCGUCUCUCCAGGAUGAGGUAAAGAUUGGCGACUACUAUCUUCGACUGCUGCUACAAGAGGCCGAUGAAACAGCCACUCCAAUUCAUAAUCCGACCGAGUUUUUUAAUAACGUGUACCAUCGGUUUUUACUAUCGGCACGUAGUGAGAUGAGGUGUCUUUGCUUACAUGCGAUGUCUGUUACGUAUGCACGUCACCACAUGACAAUCGGAACUUUUGAUGACGCUCGUCACUUUGUGAACAUGCUGGCAAAAUGCACCAAUGUUGCAGAAAGGGACCACUUCAUUCUACUGAUCUCAAAACUGGUAUUAAACAAAGAUAACGCUCGAGAGCUCAUUGCCUCUCAGCUCCUACCUAUCCUUGUCGAUCUAGCCGUUCUUGCUCACCUUCAUGUCCAACGGGCGAAAAUUCAAAAUCAGACAAAUGUGAUAGAGGCGAGUUCUGCGCAACUCAGUGAGGGCAACUCAUUGGAAUGGUACUACGCUGCCAAUGAGCAGAAUAGUGAUCGGUUUGGACCUUUUUCCUUUGAGAAGAUGAAAUCGUUGUAUGGAGAGAAGAAGAUAUUCGAGAAGACAGCAGUUUGGGCAGCCGGAAUGGAAAAGUGGGAACCUCUGAGCAAAGUGCCGCAGUUUCGCUGGACUGUGUGCUUAGGACAAAAGGUCGGUACAUCACUGUACAAUUUUACACAGUUAUGCGUAUUGUGUUUGGACAUAAUGAUUCGUAUGUGCGAAUUUUUUCCGUCAAGGGAUGAAAAUAACAGCAUUAUCCGUCCUAUGCCACAUGUUAAGAAAAACCUCACAGAGCCCGUAUUACUCUAUCAAAUUGUUCAACUUCUGCUUACUUAUGAUCCGAGUAUCGUGCAACGGGUUGCUACUUUGUUGUAUUUAGUUAUGCAGGAUAAUCCUUUUCUUUCCCGUUUGUAUCUCUCUGGUGUGUUUUUCUUUAUUCUCAUGUAUAACGGUUCGAAUGUUCUUCCAGUCGCCAGAUUUUUGCAUUAUACGCACAGGAAGCAAGCUUUCAGAAGCGCUUUGCCACAACUGGAAGGAUCGUCGCAGUCCAUUCUAGCGCCAAUGCUACCAGCUGCUGCUAUUUUUUACCUUGAUGAAUACGGACCAGAAAAAUAUGCGGAGGUUUUCUUAGGAGAGUUUGACAAUCCUGAAAUAAUUUGGAGCACCCAAAUGAGACGACAUCUUAUUGAACGCAUUGCUAUGCACGUGUCGGACUUCUCCCAUCGUCUCACGUCUAACGUAAAGGCCUUAUAUCAGUACUGUCCAAUACCAAUGAUCAAUUAUCCGGAGCUUCACAACGAAUUGUUUUGCUAUGUUUAUUAUUUGCGUCAUCUUUGUGAUCACCAACGUUUUCCUGACUGGGUUAUAAGAGAUCCGAUUCCAUUUUUACGAGCUUGCUUGGCAGCUUGGUUCGAGGAAUUGGAAAAGAAACCUCUUGUAAUGUCGAUUGAGCAAGCCUGUGAAACACUUGGUUUAAACACAGAGGAAGAAGGAUGGAGGGAGGCUUCUGUGAUUCGCCGGGCAUACUUCAAGUUAGCUGCACGUUAUCAUCCAGACAAAAAUCCAGAAGGACGUGAAAUCUUUGAACGUAUAAACACAGCGUAUGAACUACUGUCCAGUGAUGAUGGUCGAUCAUCAGUGCCGGAUCCACAACGCAUAGUUCUAUUUCUUCAAGCGCAGAGCAUUAUUUACAGUCGUUACAGUCAAGAGUUGUCUGCGUACAAGUAUGCAGGUUACGGUCAGCUGGUUCGCACAAUCGAAUAUGAGGCCAAAAAUUCAUCACUCUUUCAAGAAGGUGGUGGUGCCCUACUAAGUGCCGCUGUGGAGCUUUCAAACUAUACGCUGAUGAGUAGUGCAUUAAAUGCAGAACAACUGCGUAGGGAACAAGGGCUUGAGGUACUGGAAACAGCUUUUGAUCGUUGCGUUCCAGUGAUUACAUUGAGUUCGUCACCGGCUGAUAUGCCAGUACAAGUAUGUGAGCAUAUCUGUAAUUGCUUUGCCACCGCUGCAGGAUUCGAAGCUUGUCGUCAGCGGAUCGCAGAAAUGCCGGCAGUAUUUGGCAAUAUUUGUCGUCUGCUGCAGUUUCCGCACCUUCCUCGUUUGUCAGCGGCCGCAGCAAAAUGUGUAUGCUCUAUGGCCGUGUGCACUCUCUUACAGACACAACUCUUUCAAUCAGGUGUACUAUGGCAGCUUGUUCCACAUCUGUUCCAUUACGAUUUCACACUCGAUGAAGGCGGUGUUUCUCAUAGUGAGAAUUCGAACAAGCAAGCAUUGGCUAACCGCUUAGCACGAGUUUCCUGUGAAGCACUUGCAUGUUUGGCUGGAUUUAGAGAGGGUACUCCAGACAAUGAUGGUGUCCAAAAUAGUUUACGAGCACUUCUUACACCAUACGUAUGUCGUUGUAUGCGAACGGAAAGCAAUGACAUGGUUUUGAAAGUUUUGAAUAGCAACACGGAGAACCCAUAUCUCAUUUGGGAUAACGCUACUCGCGCUGAAGUUUUGGAAUUUGUCGAACGGCAUCGUUCUUCAAGAGAGCAGGCGAGUGAGCUGUUUGGUGCUGAAUUCAAGCUUUCGAUCCACUCAAAAGAACUUAUUGUCGGAGACGUUUUUAUACGGAUCUAUAAUGAGCAACCUACGUUCCCCGUCCUGGAACCGAAAAAAACAGCUAUGGAUAUCUUAGAUUACAUAGGACGCUACGCGGCAGAACUAACAGGGCAAAAGAAGCCAGAAAAUGGCGAUUUGAUAGAAAUCGACUGGUCAUCUAAUGCGAGCAAAAUGACAACGGAUGAAAAAGUUGAAAUGUGUAUUGAAGCGCUCGCAAAUUUGAUUUCCGCGAACCCGGGAGUAGAAAUUCUUUUCAUCGGUCAUUUUCACCUAAUCGCCGCCUAUCUCCGAGCUCGAUUAUUCCCGAACAUUCAAAUGGCUACUCUCAAAUUGCUUUCCUUGGUUGCGGCAAAUCGCGAGUGCGUUAAAGACCUAUCGAACGUUUGUGCAUGUUCUUCGCUUUUCACAUUGAUGAAGGAGAGAAGAGAAGGUGGACUAUUGUAUAUUCUUUCCACACUGUGCUGCUCAGAGAGUGAUUCCGACGAUAGAUUACUGUCAGCAGAAUUGCUCACGAAGCUGCAGUCCGACAAACUGACCGGUCCUCGCUGGACACGUUUUAUUACCAAAUUUCUUCCACCUAUAUUUGCCGAUGCCCUUCGCGAUUCACCAAACACCGCCAUUACCAUGUUCGACUCAACAAACGAGAACCCUGAGCUAAUUUGGAAUGAAGCAACACGCACUAAAGUUCGUUGUGUUAUCGAGCAAGGAAUGGAAGAACUUUAUCGCGCGCAAUCCGUUAACCCUAACCAUAAGUGGGACAUAAGUUCUCUGUCGGACGAUAUGUGCGCCUAUGGCGACUCUCUAACUGGCGAACUAGUUGUCUGUGGAGUAUUCUUGCGGCUUUACGUUGCUAACCCAGCUUGGGCCGUGCGACAUCCACGACAGUUUACAACUGAACUUAUCGAGAAGGUCCUUGAAUUGAUGAAUAAUCCGAACGGCGAUUUAACACUAGUAACAACGGCUUUUGUCGAGCUUCUUCGAAAUUUUCCGAAUGCAGCGGAUCAACUUCCAGCCCAAGGUUAUCUUCCUCAAUUUUGCAAAGCAAUGUCAGCCAAAGAUCCACAAACAUCGCGUUCAGCUAUUCUUAUUCUUCAACAACUAGCUGAAAACCAUUAUUGCGCUGAUGCACUCUCCCACACUAAUUGCAUUGAAGGGAUAAUGACGUCUAUGAAAAAUCAGCCUACAUUAAUCUAUGAAUCUGCACAUGCACUGAAGUGCCUUAUGAGAAGAAACAAUGGAGAUCUGGCGGCGCAAAUGUUGUCGACGAAGAUGGUUGACUACCUUCUUGUACUGUCUAGCGUUAAUUAUCCUUCAGGUGUAGCAUCGCCAGCGGCUUGUGCUGAAAUCGUAGACGCGUUGAAAAGUGCGUGUCUGGAUUUGCAAGUGGGCGAGAAGGUAACGGAGAUUCUGAAUCGUUCACCUGUGUGGUCUCAGUACCGUGAUCAACGUCACGAUUUGUUUUUACCAGCAUCUCGUACGCAUGCGAUUACGGGUACAUCAGCUGGGGUCGCCGGCUAUCUUACAGAAGGCAUGUUCAGCCCACCACCGCUACAUUCUCAACCUCCUCCUAUGGAAAAAACUGGUUUGUAG